AUGGCGGCCAUGGCAAUGCAACAACCUAACGCGGUCUUCCCCAGGUCGCAUGUCGGUUUUGACUCCAUCACUUCACAGAUCGAAAAGAAGUUGCUGAAAAGAGGUUUCCAAUUCAAUGUCAUCUGUGUUGGUCAAACUGGUCUGGGCAAAUCGACUCUCAUCAACACCAUCUUCGCAUCUCACCUUAUCGACUCCAAAGGCCGUCUCCGUCCUGACGAGCCAAUUCGAUCCACCACCGAUAUCCAGACUGUUUCGCACAUCAUCGAAGAGAAUGGUGUGAGACUACGACUCAGCAUUGUCGACACUCCCGGCUAUGGCGAUCUUGUGAACAAUGACCGAUGCUGGGAUCCCAUUGUGAAAUACAUCAAAGACCAACAUUCUGCCUACCUUCGCAAGGAGCUCACAGCCCAGAGAGAACGCUACAUCCCAGAUACCCGUAUCCACUGCUGCCUCUUCUUCAUCCAACCGUCCGGCCAUGCUCUGAAGCCCAUUGACAUUGUGGUCCUGAAGAAGCUCUCCGACGUGGUCAACGUCGUCCCAGUCAUUGCCAAGGCCGACUCUCUCACGCUUGAGGAACGACGAGCGUUCAAGGAGCGAAUCAAGGAGGAGUUUGCUUUCCACAACCUGAAGAUGUAUCCGUAUGAUAAUGAGGAACUGGAUGAUGAAGAGCGUGCCACCAAUGCGACCAUCAAGGACAUCAUCCCUUUUGCAGUUGUCGGCAGCGAGAAAUCCAUCGUUGUUAACGGCAAGCAAGUCCGUGGCCGGCAGAACAAAUGGGGCAUCAUCAAUGUGGAAGACGAGAACCACUGCGAGUUUGUCUACCUCCGGAACUUCCUCACUCGCACUCAUUUGCAGGAUCUCAUUGAGACCACCAGCCAAAUCCACUACGAGACCUUCCGAGCGAAGCAGUUGCUGGCACUCAAAGAGAGCAGCGCCUCUGGUAUGGCUGGUAGCCGGCCCAUCAGCCCUGCCGCCGACCGGGAAUUGAGCAGAGGCUCACAAAGAGUGACCAUGAACGGAUAUUAG